AUGGGACAGGCUCUUGUUGGAACGAGGGUCCCAAAUUCAGGAUUGUCCAGGGAAAAUUGGGACAAGUAUGUGAAUGCCAUCACCACUGCAGAUGCCUACCCGCGGCCGCUGUCUGCACUUCAGGAGAGGUCACCACAACUCCGCCAAUACGAACCGAGUGGAAAACUGAGAGAUUAUAAUAUUGUUGUUGAAGAAGAGCCAAAAGAAAAGGAUGAGGAGUAUGGUGUGAUGAAGCAUCUUUCUGAAGGACACGAGGACAUCAUUAUGGAGCAAUCAAAGUACAAGGAAGAGGACGAGGAAUAUGGUACUGUGCGGGACGGUGCCGUCCUUCCAACAGACAAGAGGUUUCCCUGUACUGAGUGCGGGAAGUGUUUCCGUUUAAAGUCUGGUCUUACUGUUCAUAAAAGAAUUCAUACAGGUGAGAAGCCACAUUCCUGUUUUGAGUGCAGGAAAUGUUUUGUAAGAAAAUCAGAUCUUGUCAUACAUCAGAGAUCUCACACAGGCGAGAAGCCGUAUUCCUGUCCUGAGUGCGGGAAAUGUUUUUUUGACAAGUCCACUCUUCGCAGACAUCAGAGAUCUCACAAAGGGGAGAAGCCGCAUUGCUGUGCGGAGUGCGGGAAAUGUUUUUCAGCUAAGUCCAGUCUUAAUAAUCAUCAGAUGUUGCACACAGGUGAGAAGCGGUUUCCCUGUUCUGAAUGCGGGAAAUGUUUUUCAUGCAAGUCCAGUCUUUCUUUACAUCAAAGAUCUCACACGGGGGAAAAGCCGUAUUCCUGUCCCGAGUGUGGAAAAUGUCUUUCAAGGAAGUCACAUCUUUACAGACAUCAGAGAUCUCACAUGAGGGAAAAGCCACUUACCUGUUCAGAGUGUGGAAAAUAUUUUUCAAGUAAGUCGCAUCUUGACACACACCAGAAAUCUCACACGGGUGAGAAGCCAUAUUGCUGUCCUGAGUGCGGGAAAUGUUUUUCAAGUAGAUCCACUCUUUGCUGUCAUCAGAAGUCGCACACGGGUGAGAAGCCAUAUUCCUGUGCUGAGUGCAGGAAAUGUUUCUCAAGGAAGUCACAUCUUGGCAGACAUCAGAGGUUGCACACGGGUGAGAAGCCACAUUCUUGUCCUGAGUGCGGGAAGUGUUUCACAAGUAAGUCACAUCUUGGCAGGCAUCAGAUGUUGCACACGGGUUUGAAGACGCAUUCCUGUCCUGAGUGUGGGAAAUGUUUCUCAAGUAAGUCACAUCUUGACACACAUCAGAGAUCUCACACGGGUGAGAAGCCGUAUUGUUGUCCUGACUGCGGGAAAUGUUUUUCAACAAAGUCACAUCUUACCGCACACCAGAAGUCUCACACUGGUGAGGAGCCGUAUCCCUGUCCUGAGUGCGGGAAAGGUUUUUCAGCUAAGUCACACCUUAUAGUACAUCAGAGAAUGCAUACAGGGGAGAAGCCGUAUUCCUGUCCUGAGUGUGGGAAAUGUUUUUCAGUGAAGUCACAUCUUACCUCACAUCAGAAAUUGCAUACGGGGGAGAAGCCGUAUUCCUGCGCUGAGUGUGGGAAAUGUUUUUCAAGGAAUACACAUCUUUACAAACAUCAGAGAGUGCACACGGGUGAGAAGCCGUAUUCCUGUUCUGAGUGCGGAAAAUGUUUUUCAAAUAAGUCCAAUCUUUACAGUCAUCAGAGACUGCACACGAGGGAGAAGCCGUAUUCCUGUUCUGAGUGCGGGAAAUGUUUUAUAAAAAAAUCAAAACUUGUCACACAUCAGAGGUCGCACACGGGUGAGAAGCCGUAUUCCUGUGAUGAGUGCGGAAAAUGUUUUUCAGCUAAGUCCAGUCUUUAUCCUCAUCAGAGAUCACACACAGGUGAGAAGCCAUAUUCCUGUCCUGAGUGUGGGAAAUGUUUUUCAGUUAAGUCAUAUCUUGACAGACAUCAGAUGUCGCACACGGGUGAGAAGCCAUAUUCCUGUUUUGAGUGCGGGAAAUGUUUUUCAGUUAAGACGAGUCUUAGCAAACAUCAGAGGUUGCACACGGGUGAGAAGCCAUAUUUCUGUCCUGAGUGCGGGAAAUGUUUUUCAGAUAAGUCAGAUUUUAACAGACAUCAGAUGUCGCACACAGGUGAGAAGCCGUAUUCCUGUUCUGAGUGCGGGAAAUGUUUUUCAGUUAAGUGGCUUCUUGACACACAUCAGAGGUCGCACACGAGUGAGAAGCCGUAUUCCUGUGAUGAGUGCGGAAAAUGUUUUACAUCUAAGUCCAAUCUUUAUCCUCAUCAGAGAUCACACACAGGUGAGAAGCCAUAUUCCUGUCCUGAGUGCGGGAAAUGUUUUUCAGAUAAGUCAGAUCUUAAGAGACAUCAGAUGUCGCACACAGGUGAGAAGCCGUAUUCCUGUCCUGAGUGCGGGAAAUGUUUUUCAGUUAAGUCUAUUCUUAGCAAACAUCAGAGGUUGCACACGGGUGAGAAGCCGUAUUCCUGUCCUGAGUGCGGGAAAUGUUUUUCAGUUAAGUCGAAUCUUAGCAAACAUCAGAGGUUGCACACGGGUGAGAAGCCGUAUUCCUGUCCUGAGUGCGGGAAAGGUUUUUCACAGAAGUCUGGUCUUAAUUUGCACAAAAAAAUUCAUACAGGUGAGAAGCCACAUUCCUGUUCCGAGUGUGGGAAAUGUUUUGUACGAAAAUCAAAACUUGUCAAACAUCAGAGAUCUCACACGGGGGAGAAGCCGUAUUCCUGUCCUGAGUGCGGGAAAUGUUUUUCAGUAAAGACAAAUCUUGACACACAUCAGAGGUCUCACACUGGUGAGAAACCGUAUUCCUGUCCUGAGUGUGGGAAAUGUUUUUCAGAUAAGUCGCAUCUUUCCAGACAUCUGAGGUUGCACACGGGUGAGAAGCCGUAUUCCUGUCCUGAGUGCGGGAAAUGUUAUUCAGUUAAGUCGUAUCUUGAUACACAUCAGAGAUCACACACAGGUGAGAAGCCGUAUUCCUGUGCUGAGUGCGGGAAAUGUUUUUCACAGAAGUCCAAUCUUAACACACAUCAGAGAUCUCACACGGGGGAGAAGCCGUAUUCCUGUCCUGAGUGAGGGAAAUGUUCCUCACUGAAGUCCUGUCUUCCUGUAUAUCGGGUCCCACAAAACCAUGGAGGUGUAUUAGUGAGUGCGGGAAAUGUGUUGUAUAUGAAUGUUGCUGGACAUG